ACCCUGCACCCCGAAAACGUAACCAUCUCCGCAAAGAAAGGCGACAGGAUCGAUGUCGUGGCGGACGCGUGGGGAAUGGAAGAAGCGUGUCAUUUUGAGUGGAGAGUUAGUUUUCAGCCGAGGACGGUGGAUAUGGGGAGUUUGAGGGCGAGGAUA